CUUCCAGGUCACCUGGGAACUUCUGCCCAGUGGGACGAAUCUGACCUGAAACCGAGGAGAUGGCAGAGUCGAGCUCUGACGCCCCAUGUUCCUGCGACUGCUUUGUCUCCUUGCCCCCGGCCUCCGCCAUCCCAGCCGUGAUCUUUGCCAAGAACUCAGACCGACCGCGGGACGAAGUUCAGGAGGUGGUGUUUGUACCAGCAGGCACGCAUACCCCUGGGAGCCGACUCCAGUGCACCUACAUUGAGGUGGAACAGGUGCCAAGUACGCAUGCUGUGAUUCUGAGCCGCCCUUCUUGGCUGUGGGGUGCUGAGAUGGGUGCUAACGAGCAUGGCGUCUGCAUUGGCAACGAGGCUGUGUGGACCAAGGAGCCAGUUAGAGAGGAAGAAGCCCUGCUGGGCAUGGACCUACUCAGGCUGGCUUUAGAACGGAGCAGCUCCUCCAAGGAAGCCUUGGGUGUGAUCACAGACUUGCUGGAGCGCUAUGGGCAAGGGGGUAGCUGCCGAGAAGACCCUGCACCAUUCUGCUACCAUAACACCUUCCUGCUGGCUGACCGCAAUGAAGCAUGGGUCCUGGAGACAGCUGGAAGGCUCUGGGCUGCACAGAAGAUUGAGAGUGAGGAGGGGGUCCGCAACAUCUCCAACCAACUAAGCAUUGGCACAGAAAUCUCGGCUGAACACCCUGAGCUUCGGACCCAUGCCCAGGCUGAGGGCUGGUGGCACGGCCAGGGCACCUUUGACUUUGCUCAGGUAUUCUCCCUGACCCGGCAGCCUGUGCGCAUGGAGGCUGCCAAGGCCCGAUUCCGGGCUGGGCGGGAGCUGCUGCAGCAACAGUCAGGGGGUAUUACAGCAGAAGUGAUGAUGGGCAUCCUCAGGGACAAGAACAGUGGUAUCUGUAUGGACUCUGGAGGCUUCCGCACCACAGCCAGCAUGGUGUCCAUCCUGCCACAGGACCCCACACAGCCCUGUGUGCAUUUCCUCACUGCCACACCAGACCCCUCCAGGUCAGUGUUCAAACCUUUUAUCUUUGGGGUGGGGGUGGCCCAGGCCCCCCAGGUGCUGUCCCCUACUUUUGGAGCACAGGACCCUGUUCGGACCCUGCCUCGAUUCCAGACUAAGGUAGAUCGCCGGCACACCCUCUACUCUGGACACCAGGUGGCCCUGGGGCUGAUGGAGAGUGAUCAGGAACGGGGGCAGCAGCUCCGGCAGAAACAGCAGGAUCUGGAGCAGGAAGGCCUGGAGGCUGUUCAGGGGCUGCUGGUUGGCAAGCAGGCUCCAGCCCUCCAAGAACUGGGCUGCCUCUUCCAGACCUUUGUGGAGAGGGAGAGCCAGGUGUAUGCCUAAGGACCUAGCUCCUCCAGGACCCUGGAGCAACUGCCCGGAGCUGGGCUAGUGGGAUCAGAGCAAUCCCAUCAUUCCCCUCAGCCUUGUUCUGAGUGACCAACUUGGUCUUUACUUUAAUAAAUGUGAUUUAUUUCCUUGUUUGGUAAA